ACUUAUGGAAAUGAAAGGAAAUGAUCAACAAUUCAAUUCGAGCAGAGCGUUAAAAUUUGUUGUGAAAAUAUUAUCAAAAUAGUAAAAUAUGAGUUUUAAAUGAUUCAAAAGAAACAGGCAAAAUAUUACGUUUACAUUAUGGUUAUCAUCUGUCAGCUUCCAGCCCUCAAAUUUAUAGCCGAGCUAUCGACGUUUGGAGGAAGACAACUGCUGCACUUACUUCGAUGCCCAACUGAAAAUCCGCAACCUAAUAUUGGCCCAAACGAAACGCGGACAGUCACCCGUUUUCCCAUUGGCAAUGUCAGUUAUAUGUUCGCUUAUGGCUCGGGCGUCAAACAGCAAGUGGGUUACGAUCAGAAGAAGUCGACGAAUAAUGUGAUUGAUUUAAUAUUUUGCGUGCGUGAUUCGCUGGGAUUUCAUGCGGAGAACGUUUAUCGUCAUGCCAGCCACUAUUCAGCCAUGCGUUUUAUGGGUCCCAAUUUGUUAGCACGCUAUCAGGACGACUUGGGAGCACGGGUUUAUUUUAACACAUUGGUGCCGCUGCAGGAUCUGGGCAUUACCAUCAAGUAUGGCGUGGUGCACGAAGAUAAUCUUGUUGAUGAUUUGAUAAAUUGGCGAUAUCUGUAUUUAGCUGGACGCUUGCAAAAGCCAGUCACCGGUCUCGUCAAUCUAUCAGAUAAUCCCCGCCUACAAUCGGCCAUUGAUCGAAAUCUCUUAUCGGCUUGCGAAACAGCGCUCCUUCUGCUUCCCGAGAAGUUUACCGCGUACCAAUUGUUCCAUGCGAUUGCCGGACUCAGUUACAAGGGUGAUUUUCGCAUGAUAUUUGGAGAGAACAAGCAAAAGGUGCAUAACAUAGUAGCACCCCAAAUGGCCGACUUCUAUGCGCUCUACCAACCCAUAAUGAAGCAACUGGCCGAGUACGUGGCCGUCAACAUGCAUGGUGAAGAACCGGGUUCGUUGAAGCCAUCUAUCACUUUUGAACAGGAUAAAUCGCGAGCAGCAACACGAUUCCAUUUGCGACACUUGCCCCAGGAGCUGCGUAGAAGGCUGCAAAAGAAUGCCGCCUGCCGUGGCGAUUAUUGCGAAGUGGUGGAACAUCUCUGUAUCACUCCAUUGCUGCCCAAGAUUGUGCAGGUCUCAGUCAACGACAUCGUUUGGCGUAGCAGCAUCUCACAGUCGAUUAAGAAUAUUGCCACGGCGGGCAUCUUUAAGUCCCUCCAGUAUAGCUAUCGUAAGGCCAAAAAGACUUUCGCUUAGGACUCAACAUAGUCCCAACAUCUAAGAUCAAAUAUAAUCCCUGCCACAAGCAAUAUUUACUAAGUUGCGCUAUUCUAUAAUAUUGUUAAUUAUUUUUAAGUCCCAACAGUUUUUGACGUUAUAAUAGAGAUACCAAAGUUUGAUGCAAACAGUAAAAAUGAUGAGUUUU